UAUGUGUGACUGAAUGGUAAAAGUGAGUAAAGGGGUAGAUAGAUAGAUGAAUUAAAAUUUCGACAAUUGCUUUUCAUACGCCUGUUUGCCAUUAAAUUCGUCCCCUUCUAUAAUGAAGCAUAACUUUAAUCACCACCAGUACUAACUAUUACUAUACUAUUGAUAUCAUCAUUACAACUACUGUAUACCACUGAUAAAUAAAUCCAAGGAAAAAUAUAAUCAUGAUCAAUCUUAAAUUGUUUAACAAACACUCUGUUCAUUCUAAUCUAAAUAAGUACUCUACUACUUACUCAGAGGAGGCAAAGAAACAAUUAUCCUUCAAAGAAAUCUAAAUUCUCAUAUUCUUAGAAAGCAAACAAUAAUAUUACCCCUCCAGAAAAUCUACGAAACAUAUACAUCAUCGAACAACACAAUACAGAGCAUCAGUUGUAUCCGUAUUCGCAAAGAAUCCGAAAUCACUUCUGUCGUGUAAACUCUACUGAAUUGAAUGUGAUAGCAGCAUAUUUCUCCAGCUAGAAAAUCGACUACUUUUCUCAAAUCCACUCUCUGCAAUUUAUAUAUACAUACAUCUCGUGAAUUGGUAUCAAUAUUUAGAAAGCAGAUUCUAUUAUCCAGAGUUUCAGAUCUUCAGUAGCUUUCUACGCAGUUUUCGGAAAAAAUUCAGUAACUAAUAAACCAAGACAUUUCGCAAUUUUAAAUUUUGGAUUCAAUUUCAAGAUGUUUAUCAAUCACGAUGUCUGCAAUUUAUCAAGUGACUCUAACCUCUUAAGUGCACAAACUAAUGAACAACUCAUGAUGACAAUAAAUAAAUUAGGAUGUUCAUGGUCAUCCGGUAAUAUUGAUUCUAAUAAUUGUAACAGUUGUAAUAACUAUAAUGCAUCAUGUUUUACCCCAUGGUUAUCAUCUACAACUAUGCCGUACGAUCGACCUUACAGACUACCAGAAACAGAUCGUCUUGAAGAUAUGAAAUUACUUCAGUCGGUGAAAAAAAUAAAUGUACUCCAGGAUAAUGUCCUUGAUAACAAGACUAGUAAUCCACUUGACUAUUCUUUACAUUCUCAAAUAAAUGAACACCAUUCUUCUGCAUUCACUACGCUUAUAUCUCCAAGUCUGGCACAAUCAAAACAUAACUUUAACCUAUGUCAUAUUCCAAACAUCUGUAAAAAUAAUGACUGUGGUGAUUUAUCAUUCCCUUGGACAUUGAACUAUGAUGUAGAAUCUAAAAACGGUAUGUCUAACAUCGACAUUAGUACUGGACGUUCAUUAAAGCGUAAGUAUUCAGAAAGUUCAUCAAAUAUAAGUAGAAAAUAUUCUCAAAAACAUAUGAGAGGUGAAUUUAACAAGACAGUGGUUUCCACCGAUUAUAAUAAGGAUACUGUCAACAAAAAUACUAUCAGUAACAUAAUAGUUAAUAGUACAAACCACUUACCAACUAGUGAAAUUACAAACUCAACUACUCCUGUGAUCAGAAAUUUUGUUGAUAAAAGCUCAAAUUCAUCAGGCAGAAAAAGAUUCAAAUCAGAUAAAGACUUUCUAUUGAAUAACAACAAAUCUAUGAAUACACCAACAUCAAGUACAGCUGUUCCCUCAAGUACGAAAGCUAACACAAGUGUAAAUUGUGCAAGUGAUGUUAGCAUAAAUGACAAUGAUAACAGAAGUGGAAAUAAAAGCGGUACAGUUACUACAGCAGCUUAUAAAUAUUUAACAUGGCGUGAAAAAGAUCGUCGACGAAGAUUUCGUGAAGAAUGGAAACAUUUAUGGCUUGUUAUACCACAUGGACUCUACGAGGUCAUGUGUCUUGUUUGUCAUAAAGUUAUGACGCAAAGAAAACUAGAUACAAUCAAGCGACACACUGUCAGAAGACAUGCAGAACUAUUGAAAAUGCCCGAGUCAGACAGACAAGAAUUAUUUGAUCAGUUAUUCAAGCAACAUAAUAAUAAUAAUACGCUUGGAGAUUCAAAUACAAAUUCAUUAACUAAUGAAAGUAGUAAAAUCCAUCAAAAAUCUGGUGAUACAUGUAAAUCUAGUUCCAAAAAGAGUUCACGUAGUAGCAUGUCAAACAUACAGGGGUCUAGCGAAGCCUCAUAUAACCUCUCGAAUCAUGCUCCACGUUGGUCUAGUAACAAAGUGACUGAAACGACAUCUGUCACAAACUUAAGCGGGUCCAACAGUAUUCCAUUAAAAGAUUCCAUUCCUUCUCAUUAUGUGCCGCACAAGAGAGAAUUUUGCAGUAAAUCGAGCCAGAUUUCUGAUGCACCACCUGAACAUACACGAAACUUCUUCACUGAUAAAGGUAGAUCAUCCUCAAAGAUACCAAUAGAAGAGAUGAUUGAUGAAAUUUUGAAUAAAUUACCAGUUGACUUGAGAAAACAAUGGCAGGACCACCUAGAAUUGACUGAAAAUAUACCUACUAAUCGAUUUCUGGGUUAUAAAAAUCACCAAGACAGUUCUAUCUAUCCGAAUUCAUUUCAAAAAGAAAUUGUCAAUAGGCAUCAACUUACUCCUGAAUCAUCAGUACCAACUACAAUAAUUUCGUCACCGAUUUCAUCAAAGAUUUCACCUACUGACUGUUCUUCUCAUCCUCCUAUUUCUUACAUCACACCUCAUAUUCCCAAGCUGGAAAAUUCUCCAAAAUCAUUUGCUACAACAAAUUAUAGACAGAGUGAACUGUCCACACAGUCGUCACCAAUACCAUUAUUUUUAUCCCCUGAACCUUAUCCAAACAUUCAUAAUUUAGAUGACAUAUCCAACUUUGAGAAGAUUAAUCCUAAUGUACAUAAAAAUUUUAAAAAUAGAAAUAGUGAUCGAAAUAAUUUUACAGCAAAUCUCAACCUAAAUUCUACAGAUCAAGCGGUCAGUUCUUCCAGUAGUAAAAGUAAUCAUAACAACAGUGUGUUGUGUUCCGAUUCUCAGUGCAAUUCAAUAACAAACCAUUUCAUUGAUGACUUUCAAAAGACUGUGCAAAACAAACCUUCAGAAUCAUUAUUAAAUAGAGUGGAUUUUUCUCUGAAUCAAACGUCUGCUCCACAGACUUCUAUGUUUUCAAAUAUCACUGGUACUACAGAAUCACAAACACUUAUGUUAGCCUCAUGGUUUACAUCUCUAAUGAAUGCAGCGAAAACUUCAAAUCAAACAACUUAUGAAAAGAUUUCUCCAAACUUAUUUAAACCAAUAUGGAAUAAUCUGUCAUCUAUGGAAAAACCUUCACCACUUUGUCAGCAGUUCCCAAAUUCCGAGCUUUUCAAUGCGAAUCCAUGUGAUUCUUAUACUGUCCUUCCACCAGCCUCGUAUUUAAAGCCAAAUACAGAUUCCAAAGUUAAUUCAGAAGGAAAGGAGACCAUAAAUUCGUGUAAAAAGAAUUCAGAUUCACAGUCAAGCGUGAAUUCAGAUUUAAACAAGUUUACGAUUUCAUCGUUAUUGAGUACAAAUUCAAGUGAGACAACAAAAUCGAUAGCUACACCAAACAAGGAGAGUAAUCAUCCUCAGUCUGACAUUUCAAAUAAACAAAACACCUCCAAUUGCUGUAAUAACACCAGUUCUGAUGACAGACAUGAUGACAUCUGUAAAACGUAUAAGAUGAAGUCUAUUUCGGAUUAUUUCGAAAGCCUUUUCUAUGGGUUUAGUGAGAAGAAACAGGAGUGCUCACCUGAUAUUUUAGAUCAGAUUCGAGCAUACAAACUAAAUAUAGACUUGUUAACUAAGUUUUUAACAAAACAAAUUAAUGGACAUUAUGAUUUCACGGAAAUACGUGAUCCAUUUAAUUGUGAAGAACUGGAGGCUAAAAUAAGACAAUACACGACCAAUGAAUUCCAAGCAGAGAUUUUCAAUAAAGAGAGUCAAAAGCCAUCUAAACUUCCUUAUAUCCAACAUAGUCAAGAUCUAGGCACAGUAGAAGCUUGUAUGAAAAUUUAUUACUCUGAAAUGUUUCGGAAUCAAUUCAAUGGUCUUCAAAUGAAUUAUCAUUCCAAUUAUCAGCCACCAGCAGCUGGGUGUAUUUUGGUUGAAGGACAGAACAAUUUUCGUCCUAAAAUUAAUACAGAUAUAUAGCUGAGAAUAUGUAUAUACUUGUUUCAGAUCCAACCACUCGUAUCUACUUAAAAUAUCAAGAAUCAGUGAUCAUAAAAGCUUGAACUACAUUUGGUACAUAUGCUUUUGGUGAUUAUAUACUGCCAACGACUAAAUGGGAGACAUUUGGGCAUAAUUGUGAUGAUUUGUUUGAUACUAUGACUGACAAUCUACCAACAUUGAAUUGACACUUCACAAGAAUUGUUGACUUCGCUUCUACCUGAAUUUCUCAGAGUUACAUUCAUCAAGAAGAAAACAAAAUUUUACUUGGUAUCAAUACAUUCACCAUUUCAAAGCUUUAUUUCUUCUUCGUCUACUUAAUAAGUGAUAGUACUUUGCAUUUUCUCAUACUAACAGUUGUUUCGUGUAAACUACUAACCAGUUUACAAUUGUGUUGUGUGGUUACAGUUAUUCACAUGUAAUUAACUUUCGUUGCUGUUUCCCUUCAUUUUGAAAAUGUCUUUUAUUCACAUGGACAAAUGCAUAAUAUUCUACUUUGAAUAAAUGUAAAUAUACAAAUUGUACUGUAUAUUAUAAAUAUAAUGUAUAAUUAUUUCUUUCUUAGUCAGUG